CCUGCGCUCUCUCCGGAAACCCCUCGAGUGCGCGUGCAGCCGUUAGGUUGUUUUCGCAACUCAGUGUAGAUACUAUGAUCAAAGUGUGCUUUAAACGUCUUUGUGGCCGUCAGAGUUGAGGACGGAGCGACUGGAUUACCGGGGCAGUAUUUUGACAAAAGGAGAACCGUUUUGCUGGCUCGUUUUGUGUUCGCGUUUUCUAAUGGUUUUGCUGUAGUCUUUUGUUUUUGUAACGUUAUUGUGUGAUGGACGCCAUUUUAGGUUGAUCACACUUACUAGCUGCUAGCCACAUUGUGUUUCAGGCCUUGCUUCAUACUACGUCGGGUUUGUGUUUUCUUGAGAUUUGGACUACACCGAGCAUACAUUUCGGAGGGACUCUGAUGCGGACAUUGCGGAGACAUAACGUUAUUUGACCGGACUCUACACGUUCACCCAAUCGGACACUAUAUGAACUGUAUAUUUCCUUCUCAGAGUCGGACCUCACACGGACAGUUCGCGGCUAACCGCCAUAUGGUCCCGGGACACUGAGAAACCGCAGGAGUAACGUUAUUUCUGGCUUCCGUGGACUCAAAGUCACUCGCGUCUAUAAGAUUGCGUGUUACACUUGAUCACGGUCUCUUUGAACACUUGGUAUUUUUCAGUUAUUCACGUGAGGCAAAUUCCACACGACCCUCCUUUAGUUGUGACCCUCUUAAUUUAAGAGUGUUGAGAGAUGAUGAACAAACAUGACUAUUAUUAUUCUUAAACUGUUAAGCUGAUAAACUGACACUGAGUAAAGGGUGAUCGCUGGGAGAGCCCAGGCGGUCGUGCGAGUUGUAACGUUAGUUGAGUUUGGUUGUGUGUGGUGGUGGUGUCUGACCACGAGGAUUGUUUAAACAUGUCUUGUGUCCAUUACAAGUUUUCUUCUAAACUGAACUACGACACGGUGACCUUCGAUGGCCUUCACAUCACGCUCAGUGAUCUGAAACGACAGAUCAUGGGCCGAGAAAAGCUGAAGGCCGCGGAUUGCGACCUGCAGAUCACUAACGCGCAGACUAAAGAAGAAUACACUGAUAAUGGAGCCCUCAUCCCUAAAAACUCGUCUGUCAUCAUUAGACGGAUCCCUAUUGGAGGGCUGAAGUCGACAAGCAAAACAUUUGUCAUCGAUCGAUCUGAACAAAGUGGAUCUUCAAAAGCAAUUGAUGAUUCUUCGUCCAUUUCACUGGCCCUGCUUUCAAAGACAGCUAAUCUUGCUGAAACAAAUGCAUCCGAGGAAGACAAAAUAAAAGCAAUGAUGUCUCAGUCCAACCAUGAAUAUGACCCAAUCCAUUAUGCAAAGAAGCUUGUUGGUCCACCUCCCCCAAACUACACAUGCUUUCGUUGUGGAAAAACUGGACAUUAUAUCCGAAACUGCCCAACCAAUGGGCAGGAUCGAAGUUUUGAAGCUCCCCAACGGAUAAAGAAAAGUACAGGAAUUCCUCGGAGUUUCAUGGUGGAGGUUGAUGAUCCAAACAGAAAGGGAGUCAUGUUGACCAACAGUGGAAUAUAUGCCAUUCCUACUAUUGAUGCUGAGGCCUAUGCCAUUGGAAAGAAAGAGAAGCCACCAUUCUUGCCCCAAAAUCAGUCUUCAUCCUCAGAGGAAGAAGAUCCAGUACCUGACGAGCUGCUCUGUUUGAUCUGCAAGGAUCUUAUGACAGAUGCGGUGGUUAUCCCCUGCUGUGGAAAUAGCUACUGUGAUGAGUGUAUUCGAUCGUGUUUGCUGGAGUCUGAUGAACAUGUUUGCCCAACCUGCAAACAAUCUGAUGUAUCUCCUGAUGCAUUGAUCGCAAACAAAUUCUUGCGCCAAGCAGUGAAUAAUUUUAGGAAUGAAACUGGAUAUACCAAGAGGAUUCGAAAAGUUGCAGCUGCUCAUCAAGCAUCUGCCCAAGGAGCCCAAACGCAAGCUCCUGCCCAGCGGCCACCUAUGAGACUGGCAACCUCACGCCAGCAGGACCCUCUGAUGGCCAAUGUUCCAAGCUCAGCAGCUGAUAGCACCCCUCCCCAAAGCACACCUGCUGCCCCUUUAUCUCCUGUUCGCACUCAUCAGCCCUCCAGCACCCCACCGUCUUCUAGCAGCUCCACUGUAAACAGCAGCAGUGCACCUGCAGCAUCGAACUAUAGUCCUGUGGUGAACUCUCCUCAGCACUCUACUAAGCAGGAUGACCCUCCUUCAUCUAAGGAACCAGAGGUACCAGCAUCUACUGUUGUGCCUUCAUCAGACACUGCUGCCUCAACAACUUCCAUUCCGAAGGGAUACCAUGUCCCAGUAAUUGGGAAGCCGAAUAUGCCUCAGAACCACAUGCAUAGAUCAGGACAGUCAAGGGCUAGUGGACCAAGGCCGUCUGGAAGCCGUCCUGCAUGGGAUCAGUCCUCAAGUAGAGGGAGAGCUCCUAGUGAACGACCACCUAGUGAACGACCACCAAGAACACAGCCUCCCCCAUUACAAAACCUUCCUCCUGUAGUCCCUCCAGUGUAUGUGCCUCCUGCUCUUUUUCCUCCUCCUCCACAUCCUAUGCCUCAGCCACCUGGUGGUGUUCCACAGCAGUUUCCUAUGCAGUAUCCUCCAGGACAACAGCCUCCCCCUCCCUACAACAUUCCACCACCUUUAUUUCCACCUGUCCCACCAAAUGUGACUGGUCCAUGGGUACCUCCUGGUGCACAGCCACCUAUAGCGAACCCCAUCUCUACUGUUCCAGCAGCACCUUUUCUAUCCAAGGAGGAGUUUUACCGUCAGCAGCGUAGACUGAAGGAAGAUUCCCAAUGUCGAUUCGUUACCAGAGAGAAGUCUUCCAAACUUGAGGAAUUUACGAAUGACUUUGCCAAAGAACUUUUGGAGUACAGAAAGAUCCAGAAGGAGAGAAGGCGAUCCUAUUCUAGAUCAAAAUCUCCUUACAGGGAUUCCUCCUACAGUGGCUCAUCAUAUUCGUAUUCCAAAUCCCGCUCUCGGUCCAGAUCACCACGCUCCUACUCUCGGUCAGUUUCCCGAUCUCGGUCAAGAUCCCGCUCACGCUCUCAUUCCCGAUCACGCUCCUACUCUCGCUCACCAUACUCCCGCAGGGGCCGAGGUCGAAGCCGUAGCUAUCGAUCUAGGUCACGCACUCCAACAUAUCAUCGCUCCCGCAGUAGAUCACCAUCAUACAGGGGUCGGGAAAUGAGUGGAAUGGGAAGUGGAAUCUAUCGUUCCCGCUCUAGAUCCCCACUAUAUAGGAACCACAGUCCCAGCAAGAAACUCCCACCCCCUUCUCAGACUGAGGGUGAGCGCAAAUAUGCAGGUAGGUACAGAGAGCUCCCUCCUUAUGAUCCUAAGGAAUAUUAUGGCCGCAACAUAGACCAAAGUGACCCCUAUGAGAGAGAGCGAUAUCGAGAGUGGGAGAGAGAGUACAGGGAGUGGUAUGAUAAAUACUUCAAGAAAUACAACAAUCCACCAAGUAGUCAAAUGCGAGGCCGUGCUCCAGGCAACAGAGACCCCUAUACACCUGAGCGUUUUGCUCCUCCCCGACCAAGGGAAAACUCCCCCUACAGCAGGGGGCGUCGGGAGGAUUAUCCACCACCACCUCAGAGCCACGGUGUCCCACCAAGAAGCAGAGGUUCCAUGACAUACCAAGAGAAGUGUGCUGAGAAGUAUGGCCAGCUUCAUGUCAACACCACUGGAGCAGGAAGAGGACUUAACAAAGAGUUUCUAAAACCUCUUAAGGACCGAGAACCCAGUGGCAGCACUGCUGCAGACCCCAAGUCUAUGAAGCAUAAAAAACAUCGCAAAAAGAAGAGAGAAGAUAGUGACCUCUUCAGUCACUCUGACUCUAUGGAUGAAUCCAGGAAAGAUGAUCGUAAAGAAGAUUCCAUGCUGAUGAAUUCAAGUCGUGAUGCCACACCUGUCAGGGAUGAGCCCAUGGAUAGCUCUACAGUGCCCUACAAGACUACUCCUGUAAAAGAGAAGAAAGAGAAGUCAAAAAGUAAAACUGACAAAGUUAAACGAAAGUCUGAAAACAGUGGGCAGAAGAAGGAAACGUCAGGAAAGAUGACAAAACCUGCUAGAGAGAAAGAAUCUGAUGCAUCACAAGAAAAAGUGGCUCCCACUGAACCAGCCAUUAAGAGAGUCAAAGAUGAACCAUCCCACAAAUCUGAACCAAGCAAACCACAAUCUUCAGAGUCCAAACUCAUGCUCCCACGCAAGUUGAUGCAGUCUAGGCCCAUCAAACACCAUCAGGAGGUAAGGCCCAUCAAAGACGAGCUCAAAAGCAAGAAAGAAUUGAUGAAAGACCCUCUAAAGCCAGAUAAAAUUCCUGUUAAAGAUGGGAAGGUCCCCCAAAAAGAGCCAGAGAAGCCUGUAAAAACUGAGGUGAAGAUGCCUGCUAGGACAGUUGAUACUAAACAGGAUAAGAAGAAACGGAAAGAUGACAAGCCACCUGUGAAAGACUUAGAUGUUCCUCCAUUUAAAAUAGCAAAAAUAGAAGUUGAUGUGGCUAAAAGCUCUCCAAAAUCUAAACCCAGACUGGAGAGUGAAAGGCCAAUUGAAAAGGAGAAAGUAGCUAUUCCGUCUCUGAUGGACAUUAAGCCAGAGCCUGUAAGAAAGAUUAAAAUCAACAGGGAAAUUGGCAAGAGAAUAUCUAGCAUUGAUCGGCCACUUUCAGCUGAGGACUCUGGUCAUGCCACAGGAAAGGGCAGACUGGACAAGUCUAGAGGAAAAUUGAGGAGGAAGGUUCAUGCUCCCGAUGGGUCAGGGUCCAUAUUGGUUGAUUACACCAGCACCAGUUCUACAGGUGGAAGCCCCAUCAAAAAGCAUGAAGACAAGCUUGACCUAAAGAAGACUGUGGUGAAGACCCUGGAGGAAUAUACCAAUGACAGCUCCACCCCUGCUGAGGAUGAAAUUGUCAUGAUCCAGGUGCCCCGUUCCAAGUGGGAAAAGGAAGACUAUGAAUCUGAGGACGAUGAAUCUAAGGUUGCCACCAGAACAGGCAGCAUCAACACAUCCAGAUCGGCUCCUAUAGGGGAGAACACUGAAGUGAAAUCAGCUGGCAAAGAGUCUCCAGAUGCUGACAAAACUCUGCCAGUCUCCAAAGAGGCAGACGUCAAACCUGCCAUGGACUCCACAUUUGGUGAUAAGGAGAAAGAUACUGUCAAAGAGAAAGAUGGAGAACGAGACAGAGAGAAGGAAAAAGACCGCAGCAGCACUGCAGAUCGUGAGACAGCUGAUAAAAGGAAACCUAGUGUACCCAAUCAGGAAAGAGAGCGUGCACAGGAAAAGGGCAGUGACCAUGGCAGUGAACGAAGCUCUUCUUCCCAGUCCUCCAGAGAUAGGCAAGCUGACAAGCCAGAACCUACCUCUAGAAAACCAGCAGGAAAGGAGUCAACUACAGGCAUCCCCACUAGAAAAACAGAACAUCGAGAUGAUGCAAGAGACCACUUAGGGAAUAGAUCAAAAGAUGAGAGAAAUCCAAUCAGGAGGAGAGUAUCGCCCUCCCCGCCACCAAGGGUAAAGGACUUAAACACAGACUCUGGAAGAAAAACUUUUGAUGAAACUCCAGAGUCACAAAGUCCAAGUAGGAAUAAGAGAGUAUCAUUGCAGAAUGCCCCAGAGGACCACAAAGGAGACUGGCCAUGCACUAAGGAGAUCCAGGGUUCUAGGCAUUCUGACGUACGUCCCGCAAAGGACCGGGAACACAGGACUCCUCAUAGAGCUUUGACUCCAGAGCCUAGAACUGAUGCAGAGAAAGGUGGCGCACAUGGCGACCACAUAAAAAUCCCAUCUACACGCUCCACGAGACUGUCCUCAGAUUUAGCACGGGAAACAGACGAGGCUGCGUUUGUCCCUGACUACAGCGAAAGCGACAGCGAGACCUCAGACAUUGACAGCAAAACAGAGCAGAGAGGGCGAGAGAGGGACAGCAGUGGCAGCCAGAGUCCGAGCCCAUCUGGCAGCCACGGACACAGCAGCAGCCCCAGCUCUCCCGGCAGUCAGGACAGCAAAAAGAAGAAAAAGGACAAAAAGGAGAAGAAGGAAAAGAAGAAACACAAGAAGCACAAAAAACACAAAAAGCAUAAGAAACAUACGAGCAAUGAGUCUGAAUCAGAGCUCAAAGGACAGAAACACAAACAUAAGAAAAAGAAGUCUAAAAAGAGCAAGGACAAAGAUGACAAAGAAAAAGAUGAGAGUGAGAGAGAUGAACAAAAGGCAAAAGUGUGUGUUUAAUUCAUUUAAGUUUAACCAUUUGUUUGAUUUACUCAUCUUUAAGUAGCAUUGAAAAAUAAAAAAUAUUGUUCUGCAGAGUUUAAGUACUGUUCAGAAUUCAUUGUUUGCGAUUUUCUCAAUGGUUAACAACAAUUUUUUUUGACCAUGCUAACCUCUCCCCGCCAAUGUAAGAGAGUAAUAAAGGUUAUUUUAUUUUGGCUUCUGAAUUUUCAUGAAUGGUUUGGUUUUCAUUUAAAAUUGUUGCAGAUUCUAAUUACAUCAUGGUGUGGCAAUUGUAGAGGAAGCACUUUAGAAAUGUGAAUGUGAUUGCAGAUUUGCAGAAUUUGCAAAGAGUUGCAAAAGCCCAGUUCGUACCUCAUCUCUUGUAUGUUUAAGUUGGAGAGAAACAUAUCAUUAUGACAGUAUGAUAAUAUUGUUACAGAGGUAACCGGAGAGUGGCAUCCAGCCAUUGGGGCAAUCUGAUUUACAAAGUGUUUUUGCACUGUGAAUAUUUCCUCUACUCUUUUGUUUUAUUCUAAUUCACCUUCAUAACAGUAAUUUAAAUUAUCUGCUGAAAUGGAAUUGCAUAUGUUCUGAAGGUAAUACAUUUUUUUCAGGAAAUAUAAA